CCGUUUCCUAGUCCUCUACCUACUUAGUACCUAGAUUAAAAAAGCGUUUUCAAGAAUCCCAUGGGAAAACGUGACUGUGAUUCCUAGCCACAUCAUGACAAACAUAGCCCAGAUUGAGGCAUCGGCCUAUCACUCUCAGUUCUAUGAAACGCUGGAAGCCCUACCAAAAUCUCUUUCAGAUCUCCUUACCACAUAUUCCCGCAUACCUAAAGAUCACCAGAUUGACCAUGUCGUCAAACUACGAGACGAGGCAUAUGCAGAUUUUCCAUAUCCAUGUAUUGGGACCUUCAGGUUUCUUGAAUUCGACCUAUCAGCUCACUACGCAUAUCAAGAACACGUACUAUCUCCGUUAAAGAUGCCAUUCCCAGAUAAUACAAUCGAGCCUUUGUUUCUGGACUUAGGAACUUGCUUUGGCCAAGACUUUCGCAAACUCGUUCAUGACGGCGCUCUCGUACGCCGGCUGUGGGCAAGUGAUAUCGACUCCAAAUUUAUUGAUUUUGGGUUUAAGAUGUUCAACGAUGCAGACAAGCUGCCGAUGGAUCAUUUUUUGUGUCCCGGAAACCUUAUAUCGAAGUCGCCCGACGAUAAGCUUCAUGUUCUAGAUGAUAAAGUUACCAUAUUGCACUUAACUGCGGUAUUUCACCUGUUCUCUCUCGAAGACCAAAAAGCGGUAGCCGAUCGUUGCUUGCAGCUCUUGAGGAAGGAUACUGGUGGACCAGUGUUGGUAUUGGGAGCCCAUGUGGGAAGCCUUUCCCCGGGUCCAUAUCAGCGGCAAAAUGUCUCACAAGACUAUAGUCAUAAGUACAGACAUGACGAAGAGAGUUGGAAGGGAUUGUGGGACUAUGUUCGGGGUAAAGACGCCUGGAAAAAUAAAAUAAAGAAUCUAGAAGUGAAGUCGAGGUUGCUGAGAAGAAACAAAGUGAAAGACGCUGAAUCUGGCGAAAUCACCGUCUUCACACGGCCAGACCCAGGAAGCAAUUUACUUUGGCAGAUGUACGAAGUUUGGGUCACAUUCACUUGACCCAAAUAUUAAGAUAGCGCUCUAGGUAGUCGAUAGAUGUCAAUAUUCUGUAAAAAUUAUUGGACUGGGAAAAUGAAGUAAAAUAAUUGGCU